AUGGAAGGUGUAAUAGGUGAUAAUGAAUCAGAUACUUCUGAUGAUGAUGAUGAUGUACGUGAACGUCAACAUAUUCAUAAAAUUCAAAAUUACGUUGAACACACUAUCCCUUUGUAUGAUAAUGAGACAUUUCAAAGUCACUUCAGACUUCAAAGGCCUGAAGUAUAUAGAUUAAUUGAACGAUAUCAACAAACCAAUUAUUUAGUAAACAAUGAUUCAAAUGAAACAGCAAUUACUCAUGAAAAAGCUUUUCUAUUAACUUUAUAUUAUUUGGCUAAUACUGAAACUUUUCUUGAGAUUUCUGAUCGGUUCGAUUUGUCAAUGAGUUCUGCUCACCGCGUUUUGCAAAACACAUUAGAUUUUAUUAUCUCUUUACAAGAUGAGUAUCUUGUAUGGCCACAUAAUCGAGAAGAUAAGAGAGAAAUAAGUCAAAGGUUUAGCAAAAUACAAAAUAUUCAUGGAGUAAUUGGUGCAAUUAAUGGCUGUCACAUCCGUAUCAAAAGACCAAUGGAGCAACAACGUGAUUAUUUCAGCAGGAAACAGUUUCACAGUAUUGUAAUACAAGCAGUUGCAACCAGUAAUAAUAUAAUUACAGAUGUGCACAUUGGUGAGCCAAGGUCAAUGCAUGAUUCACGAGUGCUGAGAAGAUCACCUAUUUAUGCAGCAGCUCAUGAUAACCCUGAUUUUUUUGAUGGAUAUUUUUUACUCGGUGAUUCAGCUUACGCUAAUUUACCCUGGCUUGUUCCUCCAUUUAGAGAUAAUGGACAUUUGACUGAUAAAGAACGCGAGUUUAAUUACAGGCACUCAUCAACUCGUGUUAGAAUUGAACACACUUUUGGUUUAUUAAAAUGCAGAUUUAGAAGAUUAAAUAAAUUCAAUAACUUACUAUUGGAUAUAAUAAUUAGAUGUACCAUGGCUUCAUGUAUUCUCCAUAAUAUUUUAACUAUAGCUCGAAUAAACAAUAUUAAUAUUGAUGACGAUAGUGAUGAUGACAAUAAUAAUGACAAUGAUGAUUAUAAUGAUAACGAAAGAGUCUUUGUUGAAGAUAGACGUCAAUAUAUUUUUCAAAACAUGUUUGUUGACAGAGAAUAGUCAUUAUGUGUUUAAGGAA